GUCGGACUGCCUGUUCCAGCUGGCGCUCGUGUACUUGAAGUUGGGCCAUUACUCUCUUGCGAAGCGAAGAGUGGAAACCCUCCUUAGAAUGGAGCCACGCAACCUAUCAGCCUUAUCUCUGCACAGCCUUAUAUUGGACCGGGCAGCCUACGACGGCGUGAGCGGCUCCCUCCUCCUCGGACUUCUCGCGG